AUGAAGCUGCUAUUUUGGAAAAUAGCAAAGGCAUACAACCUAGCUGAUUUCAAUGAUGCAGUAGAGGAGAUGAAUGCCAUUAAUGAGGAAGUCGUCACUGCAUUCAAGUCUUACAACCCUAAGCUAUUCUGUAGAGCUUACUUGGACAUCUCUAUGAAGACUGAUGCAAUCACAAGCAAUAUGGCAGAAACAUUCAAUGGCUAUAUCAUUAAUGCUAGGACUAAGCAUUUGAUAUACAUGUUGGAGGACAUCAGGAUUUCCUUGAUGCAGAGGCUGGUUGUCAAGCGGCAAGCGAUGCAGAAAUCAACUUCUACAGUGUGCCAAAGAAUUCAGGUGAAGCUUGAUCAGGAGAAGACCAAAGCUGCCAAUUGUGAUGUGAUUCCAUCAACUGACACUUUGUUCAAUGUCAACUACUAUUUGGAUCAGUUGGUAGUUGACUUGGAAGCAAAGACAUGCAGUUGUAGAAAGUGGAACAUGCUCGGUUAUCCUUGCUGCCAUGCCGUUGCGUGCAUAUACUUCCUCAACAAAGAAGCUGAAGAUUUUGUAGAAGAUUGCUAUAAAAGGGAAACAUACUUGAAGGCCUAUGCAGGUUCAAUACCACCCAUAGAUGGUGAAAGGUAUUGGCCGAGGGUAGAGUAUGGUUUAGAUCCCCCUCCCAUCAAAAUUGGGCCAGGGAGGCCUAGAGUAAACAGGAGAAAGGAUCCAAUGGAGGAUCCCAAGAAGCCGGGAACCUUGCAAAGAACCGGCAUGGAAAUGACAUGUAGUAUAUGUCAUGUUAAAGGCCACAACAAAAGACGGUGCCCCAACAAAGACACUGCCUCUGCCCCAACUGAACCACCACCAAAGAGGUCUAGAGGUAGACCAAGGAAGGAUGGGCAACCUCCUAUCUCUCACUCACAAGUGGCACAAUCAUCAACUGCUCACCACAAUGCAACUGCACAACCCACCCAACUUGGACGGGGCGGUAGGAUGUGCAGAGGUGGAGCAGGUUCAAGGGGAGGGAGGACAACAUCAAGGGGGGGAGGACAACAUCAGGUAGAGGAUCAAGGGGAGGCAGGGCACCUUCAGGAAGAGGAAGGGGAAGAGACCAAAUAUUUAUCUGAAUUUUGCUUUCUGAAAUGGUUGGUUCUGUCCAGGUUCCAAUUGGUGUUGGGGUGUAUUUUGCACCAGAUGGUUCAGCACACACCAAUCAAGGUGGCAGUUCUAGGCAUGUCAAUCACCAAGCAAGCCAAUCAAGCCAACACUCUACACUGCACCAAGCAACUCAGUAGCAACUUCAACAAAAAAAAAAUUUGGUUUCCAGUAGAACUGUUUAUGUAUGUCAUUAGGCAGUAG